AUGACCUUGGUGCCUAGAAAGGGAAAGUCAUCUUCCGAGGAGUACCGGGCUGUUGUGGGCCGACUCUCAAGACCAUCUCGAAGGAGGAGGCUGGUUCUGAGGCUGAGUCAGAAGGACACCCUGCAAGCACUCUUUCAACAGAACCCCUACCCCGGGAUAACGACCAGAGAACGGCUGGCACGAGAACUGGGCAUUCCAGAAAGCAGGAUUCAGACUGACUGUCUCCGGGAAGGAGGCAUCGUUGUGCUGCUGGAGCACCAGAUGGAAAAUCUUGUGGACCUUGUUUGCAGAGACGUGGAGGCUGCUUCUCUCGACUGGGGAGAUGAGUGUCCACUUCAGUUCGACAUCUUUCCCAAACUCCACUCUCCUCAGCCAAGUGCCACUGGUGUUGAUGCCCACUGGGGGUCCCCUCGACCUGAGGAGCCGUCCCCGCCAUCCCAGAUGGUUUGGUGCAGUCAGCGCGGUGACUUGACUCCAGUGUCAGCAGGGCUGGCUUGUGCCCAGAAACUUCUCCUGCCUUGGAGGUUACCGUUUGUGGUGGGGGCCGGACUUCAGAAUGUGGGGAACACCUGCUACAUGAAUGCAGCGCUGCAGUGUCUGACCCACACACCACCCCUGGCCAGCUCGAUGCUGUCCCAGCAGCACUCAACAAUCUGUCCUAACCAGACCUUCUGCAUGCUGUGUGCUAUGCAAACUCACAUUACCCGAGCCCUUCUUCAUCCUGGAGAGGUGAUCCGGCCCCGGAAGGAUCUGGUCGCUAGCUUCCACAGACACAAGCAGGAAGAUGCCCACGAGUUUCUGAUGUUCACUCUGGAUGCCAUGCAGCAAGCAUGCUUGAGUGCGCACGAGCGGUUAGGCCAUCCCUCCGAGGGCACCACCCUCGUCCAUCGAAUCUUUGGCGGGUCUUGGAGAUGUCAGAUCCAGUGUCUCCACUGCCUCGGGGUUUCAGACACUCUCGACCCUUACCUGGACAUCACCCUGGAUAUCACGGCAGCUCAGAGUGUGGUACAAGCUUUGAACGAGUUGGUGAAGCCCGAGAAGCUGGACGGCGAAAAUGCCUAUCAUUGCAGUGUUUGUCUCAAGAAGGUGCCUGCCACCAAGAGGUUGACUUUGCACAGUGCCUCCCAGGUCCUCAUCGUUGUGCUGAAACGGUUCACAGAGGUCACAGGAGUCAAAAUGGUUCAGAAAGUGCACUAUCCCGAGUGCCUCGACUUGCGACCGUACGUGUCUGAGCAGAAGGCAGGGCCACUAGAUUAUGCGCUCUAUGCUGUGCUGGUGCACGCCGGGUGGAGUGGUCACCAAGGACACUACUUUUGUUAUGUCAAAGCUGGAAACGGCCAGUGGUAUAAAGUGGACGAUGCCAUGGUAACAGCCUGUGAUGUGACUUCUGCCCUGAGCCAAAGUGCCUAUGUCCUCUUUUACAUCCAGAAUAGUGCACUGGAAGGAGACAGUGGGGGAGUGUCACCAGGAGAGGCACGGACACCCCUGGGGGCUGAGCCCACAUGCACCAUGGCGGCCCACAGGGAGCCUGAAAGAGAUGUCAGCAUCGGAGUUCCUGGGUCGGAGGAGCCCCUGGAGGGAACAGACGUUCAAGAAGUCAGCUUAGAGCAGUGGAGACGCCUCCAGGCACCCAACCGACCUAAGCCUGAGUUCAACCUCAGGAAGAUCGAGUCUGCCUUGCCUGCCGAUGCAGUCGUGAUUCACCCAUCGAACUAUGAAGGUGGGAUGAGCACAAAGCUGUGUGAGCAAGAGAACUACCAGUUCAACCGUGCCAGCGGGGACACUGCACCCCAGAGGCCAAUAAACAUCGGCAGCAACAUCCCUUGUCUCAGCAGGAGAGCCAGAGCCUCCAAGAAAAAGAACAAGAAGAAGCAGAGGUCUGUGGGUGCACUGCAGAAAGCUCAGAGUGUGGUGCAAGCUUUGAACGAGUUGGUGAAGCCCAAGAAGCUGGAUGGCAAAAAUGCCUAUCAUUGCAGUGUUUGUCUCAAGAAGGUGCCUGCCACCAAGAUGCUUGUUGGGGGCGCCCUGGUGGCGUAG